GCAGCAACCCGAGCGGCGACUUGUCCAGCGGCAGCGAUGACGACCCGGAGGACGAGGAGCAGGGCACAGACCUCUCCACCGCGGGCUCCCAGGACUUCGCAUACCAGAGCGGGCUGGCAGGCAGCACCGGGUACGACAUGGAGGCAGAAGAGCCAGCCGGCAACAACCUUGGUGGCGACCUAUCCAGCGGUGUCGACGGAGACCCGGAGGACGACGAGGCCACUCUGGAGUGCCACCUGCUGGAGAAGGAGCAGCGGAGUAUUGAGUGUCUUGCCUUGCAGAAUUACGCCGCGGACGAGGUUGCUGAGGCCUUGGCGUCAGGCUACUUCGCGGACGAGCUCGCAGCUCAGGGCUACACU